AUGCAGGCUGCUUCUACAAAAAUUUGUGAUAGAAUGGGUCGCUCUCAGGAGCUCAGUGAAUUCAAGCGUGGUACCAUGAUAGUUUGCUACCUGUGCAAUAAGUCCAUCCAUGAAAUUUCCUUGCUACUAAAUAUAUUCCACUGUCAACUGUUAGUGGUAUUAUAACAAAGUGAAAGCAUCUGGGAACAACAACAACUCAGCCACAAAGUGGUAGGCCACGUAAAAUGACAGAGCGGGGUCAGCGCAUUCUGAAGUGCACAGUGUGCAGAAGUUGCCAACUGUUUGCAGAGUCAAUAGCUAAAAGACCUCUAAACUUCAUCAUACCAAGACAUUUUGGACAAUUUCAUG